UCAAUGCUCAUUGAUGUUUGUGAAGUCGCCGUGGACGCACGGCCGCAUGAAAAAAAAAACACAUCAGAUGAGUCAGUGACACUUGAACGAGCGAGUGACUUGAACGGAGCAUCAGUGACAUUUAAACAUAAAAGCUGAGAGUCAAGACCAAUCCGUGAAUUAAAUUAUGUUAACUAAUUUAUAAGAAAAAUAACAAAGAUGCUGUCUAAAAAGAACUCAUUGGUAUCGCCGCGGACACAGAAAGUAAUUAAAUUAAUACCGCCUGAUGGAGGAUGGGGAUGGAUGGUUUUAUUCGGGACGGCGCUAUCCAACAUUUUCAAUCAAUCCAUGCUGUCACUAUUCAGUUUAUUAUAUGGAGAUGCAUUAGAAGCGAUGGGACAUAGAACUCAGGGAGCCGCUGUAGUAAUGAGUACGAUGCUGUUCGUCACCAAUUUUGGUGGACCCAUAGCCGGAGCUGUUGUUAAGUUGACAUCAGCUCGAUUUGUGGCGGUCACCGGAGCAUGUUUCUGUACUAUGGGCAUUUUCUUCAGCGGAUUUUCGACGAAUAUCAUCCAUUUGGUGAUAACGUAUGGAGUUUUAUUAGGUUUGGGUUUGGGUUUCAUCCAAAACUCGUCAUUUGUGGCUAUAAAUAGCUACUUCAAGCUAAAGAAAAGCCGCGCAGUGGGUCUCGCCAAUGUGGGCACAGGUGUAGGACAGACCUUAAUGCCGCACUUAGUGCGAUAUCUUCUGGAAAAUUACGGGUUCCGUGGCGCGUGCUUGCUCCUGUCGUCUCUCAGUUUACACGGGAUUGCCGGGACUAUGUUGAUCCAGCCAGUCGAAUGGCACCUAAAGAAAGUUGAAGAAGAGGUAGUCGUUGACGAAACGUUACAUUUACUACAAGACAGAGGUUCAAGAAAAACCUCACAAUCGAACGGCGAGCCGCAGAAGAUUGAACUAACAAAUGAAAACGAAAAAGCCAACUGGGGCAGCAAAAAAACACUGAGCAAUAAAGAACUAAACGGUGGCAAAAUAAAUAAAUCAGACGCAAAUGGUCUAAAUGGAUCUAAUGGCAAUGGCACGCCUAAAAAGCAAAAUAUGUUGACCAAACUAUACGAUCUGUUUGGCAUCUCACUGCUUUCGAACAUGCGGUUUCUUAACAUCGUGAUUGGAACUGCCUUGGCUGUCACGUCAAUUCAAAACUUCAGCAUGCUGUACCCAUUCUUCUUACAGCAUGUGGCAUCGAUGGAUAAGCAGCAGACAGCCAACUGCAUGUCAGCGGUAGCCGCCGCGGACAUCUGCGGGAGGCUUAUACUGCCGAUAUUCCAAGACAAAUACAAAAUUAAGGCAAGAUGGAUGUUGAUUGGAACAUGCGUGUGGCUCAUCGUUAUCCGGCAAAUUUUAGCGUAUCAGACGAAUAUCGAAGUGCUGAUCGUCAUGUCCUGCCUCUAUGGCUUCGGAAGGAGUAUGAUCAUCGUCGCGAGGAAUAUUGCCAUAUCGGAGAAUUGCAGGAUGGACCAAGUCCCGGCUGCCGUUGGUCUGGGUAUGCUGACAAUGGGUAUUAUCGUCCCACCGGCAGGCUACUUCCUAGGCUGGAUAAGAGACUACACGGGCAGCUAUAUAACUUGCAUAACAGCUCAAAACAUCCUUCUAGUCAUACUAUUAGUCACGUGGGUACCGGACAUGUUAUACUUAUUGAUGAAAGAAAGAAGGAACAACAAGACGAAUACUGAACAAGCCCAGACAUAGAGACUGAUUAAUGAGUAAAUGGAAUAAACUUAUUAAGUAUUUGGAAAUACUCCAGUGCCUUGCACUUUUCUGUCAGGAAAGACAGAUAUUUAGUUAUUAAAUGUGCAGAUGCGACAUCCGUAAGUUUUAACUAGGGGCAGCUUGAUGGUGCCAUCAUAAUAAUCAAAGAUAGACCAGAUUGAGAGAGCUUUCAUAACACAUACAUGAGGAUUUGGAUAAAAAAUAUGUUUGAUUAAUAUUUCAAAUCCUUUUACUUUUUAUUAAUACUAUAUUUAGUACAUCCCAGUGGUCAUUUUUGGAGUUAUAUGUUGGUGAUAAGAUGACCAGCGUACCUGUAUAUAUGUAUAUUGUGUCGUGGCUGUGAAAUACAUUUCAUAUUUAUUGGUAUCGUUGACCAGUUAGUUUUUAAGCCAAAGUGAAAUUUGAGUGAGUUAAGAGAUUCUAGUAAUAAAUCCUGUGAGUGUAUUUCGAUUUAGUACGUAUAUUAUUAUGUUCAACAUUGUAACGUGAUCUAAAUGCAAUAAUAGAUAAAUAAUUUAUGUAAGACUUUGUUUUAUCGUUACUAUUAAGUUGUAAAGUAAUUCAAAUAAUUUUCUAGUCUAAUAAAUGAACAACGUUAAG